GAGCAAGAGUAGCUUGUCAGUGUGUCUGAAAAAAAAAACGAGGAAAGGGCUGGGCUUAUACACUCACAGCUCAACUUGGGUUGCGCCUCCAUCAGAAACCAGUUUAGAAAAAUCCCAGUUGAAGGAGGUCUGGUGUGUGACACCUACUGCCCCGCAAAAAUAAAGAUUUCUCUGCGCACAGUUUGGACGAUUAAUUUCAAUCCGCGGUGCAUCCUGGGGUUCUGCAACAUCUCCUUGCCUACCGAGGUAAGACGCACCUUGGAGAGGUUUGCGGAUUAGUAUUUGGACUGGAGUUGUUUUGUUUUGGUGUGCGCAAUGAUGGCCACUUACCCAAACCCGGAGGAUGAUGCAAUGGCAUUAAUGAUCCACGACACCAACACGACCAAGGAGAAAGAGCGACCCAAAGAGGAGCCGGUUCAGGAGAAAGUCCCGGAGAAGCCGGAUCCGUCCCAGAAGCCACCGUACUCCUAUGUCGCUCUCAUCGCUAUGGCCAUCCGGGAGAGCACAGAGAAGCGCCUCACUCUGUCCGGUAUUUACCAAUACAUCAUCACCAAGUUCCCUUUCUACGAGAAGAAUAAGAAAGGUUGGCAGAACAGUAUCAGACACAACCUGAGUCUCAACGAAUGCUUCAUCAAAGUUCCGCGGGAGGGCGGCGGGGAGAGGAAGGGGAAUUACUGGACACUCGACCCGGCCUGUGAGGACAUGUUUGAGAAGGGGAACUACAGGAGGCGCCGCAGGAUGAAGCGGCCGUUCAGACCUCCACCGACGCACUUCCAACCGGGGAAAUCCUUGUUCGGAGGAGACGGCUACGGCUACCUGUCCCCGCCGAAGUACCUGCAGUCCAGCUUCAUGAACAACUCCUGGUCGCUCGGCCAGCCGCCCACUCCCAUGUCCUACACGUCCUGUCAGAUGGCAAGCGGCAACGUGAGUCCAGUCAACGUGAAGGGACUGUCAGCCCCCUCGUCUUAUAACCCUUACUCCCGCGUGCAGAGCAUGGCACUCCCCAGCAUGGUGAACUCUUACAACGGCAUGGGUCACCAUCACCAUCCGGCGCAUCCCCACCAUGCCCAGCAGCUGAGCCCGGCCACUGCGGCGCCGCCUCCGGUCUCCUCCAGUAACGGAGCGGGCCUUCAGUUCGCGUGCUCCCGCCAGCCCCCGGAGCUCUCCAUGAUGCACUGCUCUUACUGGGAACACGAGACCAAACACUCGGCGUUACACACGAGGAUUGAUAUUUAAAGUUUACUAAAUGGUCUGUGUAAAAAAUGAGGACUCUGAGAGUGAGAGCUGAUUCCUGUGAUUUCAAAACAGAACCAAGAGUAUUUUUUGAAGAGAGACCAUUCUGGCGAGCUGCUUGGGUCCAGCUGACACCCACAGAGGCCGAUCGGGAGGUAUGCGCGAGCUGAUGUUGAGGAAAUUUUAUGAAAUGUUACCUGGAGGUAAAACAGUCAACAGGACACAUCAGGGGGCUCAACCUGUGGGAGCCAUUUCGUGCGCCCGUGUUACACUUGGACUGAUGGCCACACAUUGGUAUUGUAGUCAUAAAUGUGCCUUUUCAUUCUUACGGGGAUGGAUGUUGCUGAAACGCUUCGGCAGUGUUUUUUCGCUGUGCGUAAUGAUCUCUUUUUACGCACGGCUUGUUCUCACUAUUACCAAAUGAAAUGACACCAUAACGUGACCCAACUAAGUGAGUGCUUUAAUAUGUGAUUCAAUCAGAGCUUAAUUUGGCCCUCUGAGUAACUCUCACUGAGCGAGGCCCGCGUGCUCAAACCUCACCUCGUGUCAUGAACUCUGUUGGGUUAAAAGUUCAUAGUUUGGUGAGAGAUUUACAAACAGACAGAAAUAUAAUUCAGGGUUUUUCAUAUUUCUUGAUCCCUUGUAUGUUUGAUAUUAUGACGCCAGCAGUGCCAGGUUUUGUUCAUCCUUGUGAUUAUUAUUAUUAUUAUUUUUUAUAAACGUGAUUAGUUUGUCUCAUUCAUGUUGGGGCCAUGUUUCAUUUUAAUUAGCACUUUUCCCUCUUUUCUAGGUUUGUGAAUUUCUUAAUAAACUUGUAUUUCUUAAAGUAA